AUGACUGCUAAAGCUACAACCAUUAAAGAAGCCAUUAAAAGAUGGGAGGAAAAAACUGGUCAACAAGCUGCGACAGCUACAGAAGUGAGUCUAACUUUUCAGUGGCCCCCUAUAGAGAAGAUGGAUAAUACCUUGUCCUGUUUAGUUAACUGCGAGAAACUUAGUUUAUCGACGAAUAUGAUCGAGAAGGUAACAGGUCUAAACAGCUUGAAGAAGCUUCGCGUUUUGUCUCUAGGACGAAAUUAUAUAAAAUCUUUUUCGGGAAUGGAAUCACUUGGUGACACUCUUGAAGAGUUGUGGAUAUCUUACAAUUUAAUAGAAAAACUGAAAGGGAUAAACGUUUUAAGAAGUUUAAAAGUACUGUAUAUGAGCAAUAAUCUAGUGAAAGAAUGGAUCGAGUUCAACAAACUUCAGGAACUACCAAAUUUGGAAGAUUUAUUAUUUGUUGGUAACCCACUUUAUGACGCAUGUGAACUUGAAGUUUGGCGCGCGGAAGCAGCUAGAAGAUUGCCACAGCUUAAAAAACUAGACGGUGAAACAGUUUUGAGGGAAGAUGACCCACCUUUAACCGUAGCUGAUAUGCAGCCUGACGGUGGCGAUGGUGUCGAGACGAUGGUCGGCGCGGAAGCAAACGACUAG